CCUGACUUGACUGAUCCGUCUAAUGUUCUAACCUCAAUUUUUAAUGUUCAUUGCUCGAAUCCAUAUCGCGAUAAACGUCGAGUACUAAAAAUGACUUUUUUAAAAUCCUGGGAAGAAUUUGAAAAAGCUGCUGAAAAGCUUUAUCUCCAAGACCCUUCCAAGGUGCGAUAUACAAUGAAAUAUGCCCACUCGAAAAAUCAUUUAAUUCUGAAAAUGACUGACGAUUCCAGGUGUCUUCAAUUUAAAACUGAAAUAGCCCAGGAUCUUAGAAAAAUUGAUAAAUUUGUUAGCAACUUAGUAAGGCAUAUGGUGUCAAAAGAAUCAUAGGACAACAGGACAGCUGGGUUUAUAUUAAACCCGUGCUAUCAAUAUUUAUUUCCUUUUUGUUGAUACUGACUGUUUUUUUUAUAAAUAUAACUGUAUCUUUUAUAAUAAAUAGAUAAAAGUCCAGACUUGUUUAAAAGUCGCUCAAGCUUUCCCUCAAACAGCCAAUGACCGUUGCAUAUAUCUAAACUCAAAGCCUUUUCUCUAUUAUUGAACAUGUUUAUUAUACAUUUCUAUAUAACAUAAGCACAAUAUUAUAAAGGGUACAUUACGACGAUAAAAGCACUGAACUAGUUAUACAAUAAAUAAUAGUGUAAUAUACACGGAUUUCUUAACAUAAUGUACAGAUAUUUAAAUUUGAACUAAAUUUGACUAUUUUUAGAAUCUAAUCUAAAACAAUUUAUAAAGGUUCGUACAGCAAAACUGCGCAGUUAUUUUGUUACAUAAAACUGGGAUAUCUUUAAAGGAAAAUGUUAAUGCAAAAACCUAUCGAUUACAUGCCAAAACAGCUCUAAAUAAAUGUAUAAAGUUGCAGACUAAA